UUCUCCCACUGUGCAGCAAUGCUCGCCAAUCGGAAAUUGCUACUUGGGCGCGCUCGGCUGUCAGUGUCAAAAGGCCAUCUUGUUUUCUCGUUCUUUUUUCUGGUAGACACCGACGUGUAGAAAACGUGUUGAGCGUUUCGUGUGUCGAAAAUUUCCCAAUUUAAUUCGAAAUGGGGUUCGUUAAGGUAGUGAAGAACAAGCAGUACUUCAAGCGUUAUCAGGUCAGGUUCCGUCGCCGUCGCGAGGGCAAGACCGACUACUAUGCCCGCAAGCGCCUGAUUUUCCAGGACAAAAACAAAUACAACACGCCGAAGUUCCGGCUGAUCGUUCGCCUGAGCAACCGCGACAUCACCUGCCAGAUCGCGUACGCCCGCAUCGAGGGCGAUCGCAUCGUGUGCGCGGCCUACUCGCACGAGCUGCCACGUUACGGCGUGAAGGUUGGUCUGACCAACUAUGCCGCCGCCUACUGCACCGGUCUGCUCGUUGCUCGCCGCAUCCUGCAGAAGCUGCGCCUGGACACGCUGUACGCCGGCUGUACCGAUGUGACCGGCGAGGAGUACCUGGUCGAGCCGGUCGAUGAAGGACCGGCCGCCUUCCGGUGCUACCUGGAUGUGGGUCUGGCCCGCACCACCACCGGUGCCCGUGUGUUCGGCGCCAUGAAGGGUGCCGUCGAUGGCGGACUGAACAUUCCGCACUCGGUCAAGCGUUUCCCGGGCUACAGCGCCGAGAACAAGAGCUUCAACGCGGAAAUGCACCGUGACCACAUCUUCGGCCUGCACGUCGCCAACUACAUGCGCACGCUGGAGGAGGAGGACGAGGAGGCGUUCAAGCGCCAGUUCAGCAAGUACAUCUCGCUGGGCAUCAAGGCUGAUGAUAUCGAAAACAUCUACAAGAACGCCCACGCCUCCAUCCGCAAGGAUCCCUCCUUCACGAAGAAACCCGAGAAGAAGGUCACCAAGAAGCGGUGGACGAUGGCCAAGUUGCCGCUCGCCGCCCGCAAGGAGAAGAUCGCGAAGCACAAGGCCGACUUCCUGGCCAAGAUCCAGGCCGACGUCGAAGCCUAAGCGGGCUGCCCCGUCGCCGUCGACCGUUCUUCUUCUCUUCGUGGUGGUGUAUCAUCCUUGUUCUGCCCUGUUCUUCGCCUGUGCGAAGGAUGAGGCGUGCAAAAGAAAAAAAAAACAUUCGUUUAUUUUUUGCUUCUACUAUUCGCUGAAGAUAAACAUUAUGUUUGGACGCGGUGUGAGUGUGUUUUUGGCGCGAUCGGUGUCGUUUAACUGUUAGAGGUGGUAGUAGUGUGCGAGUGUGUGGUGUGCCGCAAUGGGAAGAUUCCUAUUCGCGCAUCCCCCCAUGAGUUCAGUUCUGUUUAUCUCUCUCUAUCUUUCCGUCUCCGGAUGUUCUGCAGCCCGUCCCCUCUCCGGUGGGCGUGUGUUGUGAAGUGAUGGAGCGCGACCAGCCCCCAGGUCGAUUGUGUGAGACAAACGAUUUGAGAUGUUGUGAAUAAAUGUAAUGUUUCUAUUCAGUCGAAUUGGAAUCAAACAAUAAA